AUGUCAUUAGAAGUCGAUACCGAUCCAGAAUCGAGUUCAUCGACAUCAUCAUCUAGACCCCAUUUCCUUAUUGUUCCGUCGUUUAAUCCUGAACGUCGACAUUCAUGGGGAAAUGUUGCAUCGCGGCCAUCACACCGUAAUCAUACUGCCACAUCAGCUAUAACUAUCACUAACAAUGCAGAUUCUAUUGAAAGUCCCCCACCGCCGGUCAUUUCGAUCACACGAUCGUCAUCAUCGUCGGAUGUACUAGCCACAACUAUUCGACCAUUGGUUACUCGAAAUAAAAACAAAGUCUUGUCACCCUCAUAUCCACAAUCCCCGACCUCUUUUUCAUCACCAACAACCCGUUCCUUUCCAUUUCGAUGUUGCGGCGCGAGAAAACGCUCAAAUCAAAUACCAUCGGUCGAACAAGCUUCUACGACUGGUUAUACACGUCGAAAAAGUUCGACACCGAAUCUUUCAUCACGUCCGCAUUCGACUUCAUUAAAUCAAAAUCAUCGAAAUGCACAUCCAAAGACGACAACAACAACAACAACAACAACAACAGCAUCGGCAAUAACAAAUUCAACAAAACCAGCGAAGAAACGUCGCCGGCGUGGUGGAAUGGCAUCGACUUGUGCAUCUUGCAUUUCAUCGAAUAACAGUCGACGGCAAAGUUCAAUUGCUGAAGAUAUUACUACUAUUCCUAUUCGUUCUUCCCCAAAUCUUUCAUCUCGAACUCCACCUUUGCUCAUUCGUCUCGGUCGUAUUAUAUUGCGACGGCGUACACCUACCAACGCUAAUCAUAGUAGGAACACUAAAAUCAACAACAAAACCAGACCUAUUCUUCCCACUUUAUUUCUACCUCGAUACUAUAAUUGUCGUUAUCAUCAUCGUCAUCGUGAUCAUUAUUCUCUUCUGAUGACGACUCUAACUGUAUAUUUUGCUUCAUCAUCAAAAUUACCUUCAUCAUCAUCAAUACCGGCAACUACUGCUAUAGCAUCAAAUACAAUAAUUCAAACCAUGCAAAACUCAACACCUUUAACAACAACAGCAACACCAUCAAGUAUUGCUGUGCAAACUUCAACAUCAUUCACACAAACAAUGCCAACCGGUGGCGUAUUAACAAAGCGAAAUAAAACAUUUUUCGAAAGAUUUAAUGAAACACCUUCAUUAGCACUUACAUCCAAUUCACAAACUCCACCGCAUAAUCAACAAAAUAAUCAUCAUCAUCAGCAACAACAACAGCAGCAGCAGCAGCAAUCACAACAAAACCAACAAUCGACUGACGCAGGGAAUUCUUCAACAGAUCAACCAUCACGUUUACGUCGUAGAUUUACGUUUCGUCGUAGUCUUCGACAGUCAGUCCGCAACAAAAGAGUAGAUAUUGAUGGUGGAAUAAGUUUCGAUGUCGAUGGUUCAUCCUCACCACAUGGUGCUCUCAAUGCCCAUCAUAGUACAUCAUCCAGCCCGUCACAAAAUCAGCAACAUGGUUCAACAAAUGCAAAUGCACCUAAUAAAGCAAACACAACAGCUAGUAGUAGUGGUGGAAUGCAUCGACGUGAAUCAUUUUUGUAUAAAUAUGACAGUGACAAUGAUCUUUCACCAAAAUGUAUUUCGCGCAAUCCAUCCAUCGGAUCUGAAUUGCACCAGGAUGACAUGAUUGUCACUCCAUUUGCCCAACUGCUUGCCAGUCUUAAAAAUGUACGGAAAAAUUUUGUCGAUCUUACUCACAUCCCUCCCGAAAGAGCGAAAAGAUCAAGUCAACUUGGUUGUGCUCAAGCUGCUUCAUCAAAUGUUACGAAGGUGACAGCGAUGUCAACAGCGGCAGCAACAUCCGAUGAUAAUUCAGUAUCACAAGCAAUAGCUACAUUAGAAGAGCUUGAUUGGUGCCUAGAACAAUUAGAAACAAUGCAAACACAUAAAUCGGUUUCUGAUUUAGCUUCGCUCAAAUUUAAGCGUAUGCUCAAUAAAGAAUUAUCUCAUUUUGCCGAAAAUAAUAAAUCCGGCGCACAAAUUAGUGAUUAUUUAUAUUCAACAUAUACAGACAAAAAAGAACCUGAUGUUGAUCUAUCUCAAACUAUAUCAUCUCCACGUGGUCUUCCAAAUGAUGAAUCAAAUACAAUAAUAAAAUCAAGAACUACUGAUACAUCAAUAUCAACAUCAACAUUAAUGGGACAAAUUACCGGUUUACAGCCUCCAACAUCGUUAUUACCAAGAAAAGAUUCAAUACCAGAACUAGGCGUUCAGACAUUUCAUACUGAUGAGUUACGUUCAUUAAUGAGUCAUAUUGAUGAUUGGGGUUUAGAUACAUUUCGUAUUGAAGAUUUAAGUGGUCAACGACCAUUAACAGCAAUAACAUAUAAAAUAUUUCAAGAACGUUUUCUACUAAGGACAUAUGCUAUUGAACCUCAUACAUUAAUUUCUUAUUUGCUCACACUUGAAGAUCAUUAUCAACAAGUACCAUAUCAUAAUAAAGCUCACGGAGCUGAUGUUUGUCAAUCAAUGCAUGUAUUGCUCAAUGCUUCGGCACUCGACGGCGUGUUCACUGAAUUGGAGAUCAUGUCGGCUAUAUUCGCAUCGGCAGUGCACGAUGUUGAUCAUCCCGGUGUAACAAAUCAAUUUUUAAUUAAUACUAGAAAUGAUUUGGCGAUAAUGUAUAAUGAUGAAAGUGUACUAGAAAAUCAUCAUUUAGCCGUUGCAUUUAAAUUAUUACAAGCUGAUGAACGGAAUAUAUUUUCAAAUUUAGCAGCCAAACAAAUAAAAACAUUACGUAAAAUGGUGAUUGAUAUGGUUUUAGCAACAGAUAUGUCGAAACAUAUGAAAUUAUUAGCAGAUUUAAAAACAAUGGUUGAAUCGAAAAAAGUCACUGGAAAUAAUAUAAUUAUGCUCGAAUCAUAUGAUGAUAGAAUACAGGUGCUUCAAAAUAUGAUUCAUUGUGCUGAUUUAUCAAAUCCAACUAAACCAUUAGAUAUUUAUAUUAAAUGGACUGAUCGAAUAAUGGAAGAAUUUUGGAGACAAGGUGAUAAAGAGCGUGACCUUGGAUUAGAAAUCUCACCUAUGUGUGAUAGACAUGUAGCUAGCGUAGAAAAACAUCAGGUUGGUUUCAUUGAAUUUAUUGUACAUCCACUAUGGGAAACUUGGGCCGAUCUAGUCUAUCCAGAUGCAAGUGCUAUUCUAGAGACAUUAGAACAAAAUCGUGAUUGGUAUCAAGCUCGCCUUUCGCCUCCAUCAUCAUCAUCGUCAUCAACGACGACUGGAAAUCUAUCAAAUUCUCCGACUAAUAUACAUAUUGUAUCAGUACAUCAUCAGGAUUCAAUUCAGCCUUUAUCUUCUUCGUCGUCAUCAUCACCUCCUAUGUCAUCUGAUAUUUUAACAUCGACUUCAAUUCAUUCGACAAUACUAAAUGCGAAUUCAGCCGGUGAUCAGCUCAUUCCCACAUCUUUAUCUCCUUCGCCAUCAAUGUCAUCCACUUCUCGGACAAUAGCCACUGCAGGAACAUCACCUACAAGUGGUAAUGGUGGUGAAUUCCACAUGACGGUGACACCAGCCACGUCCUAA